CUUGCACCUUAUAACCUAUUAAAAUGUAAAUCCUCCGUCCCAAAAUUUACGAUAGUUCUUUAAAUGUUUGGAGAAGUUUGAGAUGCCUUUUCAUAAAAGUACUUCAUAGAACCCGUAAGAAGUAAUUCAAACUCUAAGAUGACAACGGAGGACGAUACCUGGGCCCAAACUCUGGUAACAGUAACCCCUGAAGACGAUGCAACAAUCAGAGAAAUUUCGGACACCGUCACAUUAUCUUCGCCAUCGGAUACCCCUUUGAUUCUCGAUCCAGAUAAAAUUGUAUUCCGACGAUCAAUCACUCACCGACAGUUCAUAGACGCUAGUGAAGACGCGGAAGCCGAGGACGUAAUACUAGAGGAAGAAACGGUAGAAAUACGAGUUGAAGAAGUGGAACAACAAGAUGUGGAACCGAGACAGCAAGAUGCAGAAAAUCAAACGUAUCUGCAAGGAAUUCCUACGGUUGACAUCCCCAAGGAAUAUAAAGACCAAUCUGCGCAAACUAUGUAUAUGGCCACACCGUGUCCUCCUUUGACAUACUUCCAAGAUAUCAUGACAAAAAUGGCGGACGGAGCUCUACCAGAAAUGAAGAAAACGAUCACAACUGUAACCGUCACUACCUUCUCUCCUGAAACACCGCAAAAUGUAGUAACAGAAGAGUUAUCCACCAUCGUCCCACAAGAAGAACUCGAAGAAUUCGAGACUGAACUCAGCGCCGAAGAAGAAGCAGAGACCGAAAUAAACGACGUUCUGAAUUUUGUAAUAACGCGCGCGUUUUGGAUAACUGAUCCACAGCAACCUCAACCAGAAAUGUCCGAUAAAGAAACGCAAACGUUCAUCAGAUACAAUCACUUCACGCACACUGUUUUUGUGGAUAAUCAAACGCAGACAGAUUUAACUUGCGAACCGAAGAAAUCCAACACGAUGCUUCUGGCCGAAUACAAAGAAACGAAGAGUAUGAUUUUGAAUUACUUGGAGGAUCGUAUCUCUAAAGGACUCGAGGUUAUUACGAUAACAGAGGAUACUAUCGAUGAACUUAUCGACAAGUGCGUUGAAGAGAUUAAGUACCCCGCGAAAGAACAGGUUGUACAGACUAUAGCAACGUAUAAGUCGAACGAAGGGAAAGAAGAUGUGAUAAGGAAAUUGAAAAUGGGGGUAGUUGUGGAUCCUUCGGAAGCGUCGAUUAUUGUUGAACCUUUGUUGGAGGAUUUGGUGGAAACGGUUUGUGAGACUGUGUCGAAGAAUGCUGUGGUGGAGGUUCAGAAAGUUUUGCGGCAGAUACUUCAGCGUACGGAUGCUGUCAUUGCGAAGCUUAUACAGAUUAAGAUGGAAGCGCAAACAAACCGAAUAGGUGAAGUACUAGAGAAAAGAAAGAAGAAAAUCAUGCUAUCGAUGUUGAAGAAAGAAACCGAGACGCUCGGUACACAAACGAGCGUAACAGGGAUCUCGGAAGUGAAGAGAAUCGAGGAACCCAAAGAUAUAUUAUGUUCCGUAUGCAGAAGACAAUCGAUGUGUCAGUGGUGUGUAGCUGGUGAAGACACUGAAGAUGGUCCGCGUGAAGAAGUUAAGAUACUUCGUACUCAAGAUAUAUUAUUAGCGUAUAAACCUUGUUACGUUAUCAAGAAAGCUCCUCCAAAAGAAGAAAAUCUACUACCUGUUUGUCCGGAAAUUAAAGUCAAAUUACCUCCAAGACCCCCGAGACGACUAUUUAGAUCGAAGGAGUCCUCGGAUGUAUCUGGAGACACGAUCGAUGUAUUUCUUUGUGCUGACAAAACGCUUGAACCGCGAGAGUCCUUUAACGAAUGGUCAUAUGUUACCGAUGCAACCUUGAUGAAACCGUGCUCGAUAGAAGAAUCUACGAGUAAAACGAGUCAAACAUCUUCGUCGAUAGACAAAUCGAUCUCAAAAGUAUGUGAGAAUACAUCCGGACGCACUGUUUUAAGUUCGGGAGCGUUCAACGCUUUACAAAUACUGAAGAAUACGUUUUGUACUCAAGAAAGUUGCUUUGCUUCGCCUCGAACUUCGAAGCAAAAUUAUUCGUGCAAAGAUGAUGGAAGAGUACGAGAGAAAUCGAUAUGUACCGUGUGUUCAAGUAGAAAUGAUAUAGAAAAUAAAAUGUGUGGGUUGGAACCAUUUUGUACGGAAGAAACUUGUGGAGCUUUUUCAAAUUUGCAUGUGCCUAAAACAAGUGUUUAUGAUGUAAAGGAGGCUUGUUCUGCUUGUUCUGUUCGCACGAAGUCUCAUGGUGAUGGAUUUAAAAUUAUUCCAAUAUGUCUUUCUCAAGAUUCUAAUAUGUAGAUAUUACAGAAACCGAAGUUCUUUCGUAAUCUUUAAUAAUUGACAAAUAAAUGCAAAUACAUUUUUACGCGUUCUAUAUAAAUAUAACAUCAACGACAACGUUCAGUAUAUCUUUUGACAUUAAUAAACGUAUUUACAUUUGAGUUUCUUGUAGUUCGCGACACAUUCUGAUGAUAUGAAUAAUAUCGUAAAAAUAAUAUUGUUACUAUUUUUCGUUGGUUUAAAAAGUAACGCGUAACAGCUUUUCAUUAAUAUCGGUAAGGUGUAGGCAACAUUGGCGUAAUUAGAUGGGGACCAAAAUUGAGAGAUUCAACCCACUCCAUAUACAAAUUCUAACUACGCCAAUGGUAGGUAGUACUGAGCACAAAUUACUUUUAAUAGAAUCUCACUGUUGGCAGUUGAACUUAAAGCAUCACAAACAAAAUGUCGAUGUAUAAUUAAAAUUUCGCAAACUCAAGAAUUCUACUACCACGACUUAAAUCAAAUUUAAAUAAUUGUGCGUUGUACGAAUUCAGUCGAAUAAAGUUUUGUACUACGUUUUAGCUUCUACGUUUAAGCGUACGCAUUUGUAAAAUCGAAUUAUAAAUUGAAACGUUAUACACAAAUAUAAAAAUUUUUAUACUAAAAAAGACUAUGGUAUUUGGUAAUAGUAUCAUACUCCGUUUGUAUAGAUUAUAAAAGGCAAAAUGUUCUUCCAAAAAUAUGCGUACGAAUAAUUAAUGUCUCCAGUUGUUUUACUACAAUACUGUGGAGUGAUUAAACGAAUUAGUUUCUUUGGUCAAUGACGAUGCAAAUCGCGAAAGAAUCUUAUUAAAA